GUAAAUAUUUCGUGCUCCGUAUUGAAGAUUUGUGAAUAUCCGACAGAAAAAUUUGUGGGCUGCAGCAGACAUACAUUGGACUAUUAGCAUAUCUGGCGGUUCGGAACUGGCGAGCUGGAUUUCUCACGUGCACGAUCGCUACCACCAUCACUUAAGCAACCAUUAUACCUCAGGAAACUCCAAAAAGGACUAAUUUCUCCGCCAGUGAAACCUCGCCUGUAACGGCUUACAAUUGCGCUCCCAUGCCACCUGAGGCAGUUUUAUUGCUGCCGUAAUGCGGUCGGGAUGUUGGUACUUACAGAUGCCCUUCCUCCGUGCAGAAUGGGUGAUGAAUUGGGUCUUGUUUCUCUCGCUAUGGCUUGCCAUGGCUUGGGGUAUGAGGACAGAUCAGCUUAAUGAACUCAGAAAGGACACUGAGCAUAUGUUCUACCACGGUUUUGACAAUUACAUUACGCAUGCCUUUCCUGAAGAUGAACUACGCCCUCUAUCCUGCCGUCCGCUAGUUCGCGACCGAGAUACCCUUGCGAAUGCAGGAUUGAACGACGUUCUAGGGAAUUACUCUUUGACCUUGAUCGACAGUCUAUCUUCACUAGCGAUACUGUCAUCGAGCCCAGACGAUGGUGCAAGAGCUUGGGCACAUUUCCAGGAUGGUGUGAGGGACUUUGUGAAGCUGUACGGUGAUGGCUCAGAUGGUCCUGCUGGCCAGGGCGAAAGGAGCCGCGGGUUUGACAUAGACAGUAAAGUUCAGGUCUUCGAGACAGUCAUUCGGGGACUAGGCGGACUACUUAGCGCUCAUUUGUUUUCUGUGGGCGAUCUUCCCAUUACGAUAUACAGCCCUCCUGAAGCCGAGGUCACAUUCGCUAAAGCUUGGGAUAAGACUCCGUUCCCCAUAAAUAGGCACGGAAUCAAAUGGGAGAAUGGAUUCGUUUACAAUGGCCAGCUUUUGCGACUUGCUGUUGACCUGGCGAAUCGUCUGUUGCCGGCCUUCUAUACUGAGACUGGUCUUCCUUAUCCCCGGGUCAAUCUUCGAUAUGGAGUCCGACGGCACCCAUUCUAUGCAAACUCGCCGCUAAAUGCCGCCUUCUCAUGCGACAAUACUAACGACCACGAGAAUUGCGAGCCUCGUCGCAUUCCUUUGGUGGAAACGACGGAGACAUGCAGCGCAGGCGCUGGCAGCUUAGUCUUGGAGUUUACUGUGUUGAGCCGGCUUACUGGAGAUGGCCGGUAUGAGGAGUUAGGUAAAAGAGCAUUUUGGGCGGUUUGGACGAGAAGAAGUGAUAUUGGGUUAGUUGGGGCAGGUAUCGAUGCAGAAUCGGGUAAAUGGGUUCACCCUUACACAGGAGUAAGUUUUCGAAAACUCAAAGUUAAUGAUACGGAGCUAAGAUUUCAUGAACCUCAGAUCGGUGCAGGUAUUGACAGCUUCUUUGAAUAUGCUUUCAAAUCGUAUAUCCUGCUGUCGUCGGGGGAACGGUUUCCUCGCGAUCUCAAUAGCUCGUGGCAUGCCUUAGACAAUGAUUUUCCAAACCUGAGCGAGUACGAGAAUUCUGCAGAGGCCUUUUUGCAAGCCUGGCAAGAAUCACACGCUUCAGUCAAGCGUCAUUUGUAUCGCGGAGAAGGCUAUCAGCACCCACAUUUGAUUCAAGGAGAUAUUUUCACUGGCGCCACGCGGGCGUUUUGGAUCGAUAGCCUGAGCGCGUUUUACCCAGGUCUCCUGAGCUUGGCAGGAGAGUUAGAUGAGGCAGUGGGAAUCCAUCUUCUCACAACGGCUAUUUGGACCCGGUUUUCAGGUCUCCCUGAAAGAUGGAAUGUCGCGACGGGGGAUAUAGAGGGGGGCCUGGCAUGGUACAGUGGCCGGCCAGAAUUUGCUGAAUCAACAUUUUAUCUCUAUCAAGCCACCAAGGACCCUUGGUACUUACAUGUUGGCGAGAUGGUACUUCGUGAUCUUAAAAGACGGUGCUGGACAAAAUGUGGCUGGGCUGGCCUUCAAGACGUUCGCAGUGGUGAGCUCAGUGACAGAAUGGAGAGCUUCUUCCUAGGCGAGACGGCUAAAUAUCUGUAUUUGCUCUUUGAUCCUUCGCAUCCUCUGAACACCAUCGACCUGCCGUUUGUGUUUUCCACAGAGGGCCAUCCACUCAUCAUACCCAAGAGUACAACAACUGCCCAGCAGCCCCGCAAGACACAAUUAUCAGUCAGCAAGCAGACCAAUAUUGCUGUUUGUCCGAUAGCGCCAGUGCCUCCUCUUUUUGGACUCUCAUCAACCGCUGCUCGUCCUGACGUUUUUCAUGCUGCCAACUUGGCUCGGCUACAUUUGAUGCCUAGCAGAGGGCCACCGGAGGGACCUAUUCUAGACUAUGUGAAGGGCCGCCCAAGUGUGACAAUGUCUGAUUUGUCUUCACCGACAAAUUACACAUUCUUCCCUUGGACUUUGCCAGCCGAAUUGGUACCGUUCAAUGCAACGAGCUCGCCAAUGACAAUUCGCCCCUCACUUGACAUUUCAUUCCCAUCACUUCCUGGCAUGUUCUUGGGAUCCGGCUCCUUAGAGCGAGUCCAAGAUGGCAUUCUCAUCAAGGCCAUCGGAGGGCUCCGGUUGAGCAUGGUUCAAGAUGUUCCCUCUCAGGAUGAGGCUGGUACGAAAAAUGCAGAGUUUCGGGUACAGGUGAUUAACAAUGUGCCACUUGGGAAGGAUGAGAAGGUAUAUAUCUCACGGGAGAUCACAUUCGAUGUCCUGGAUCCCACUGAUCCGAAUUUCACUCGCGUGCGCGACUCCGCAAUGAUUGACAUCGUCAUUGACGUUAUCCCAGAGAACCUCCGCCGAAGGAACUAUUCAGACGAUCCUCAGGGAUCGACUGCUGAGCAUAGCUCAAAGCAUAUCAUCGGCGAGUCCUCCGCUGGCGACAAACUUGGAGCCGUAGAUCCGUCUGCGUCGAGUGUAAAGAGUGCUUUUUCAUCCUUUGUCAAUCAUGUGUCCUGGUUACUCUGGGACGAGUCGCAACCCCAGUCGGCCUGGCCGUCUGCGGAGAAAAAUUCUUUUCUACGACUAACGUUACCCGCUGCUAUGGCUUCUGGCUUAGGCUCUGCGCCCAUGCCGGAUGUAGAAGAUUCCUCUACAUUUUCUGUGAAAGGAGAUCUCCCUAAAAGUCGUCUCCCAUGGUCUACGAUCUACUUCGCUGAUGAGCUCUGUGACCAUCGGAUCCUACGUGACAUCGCACAAAGUCACCAAGUGCUUGUCAUCAAGCGAGGCGGUUGCAGUUUCUCGCAAAAGCUGCGGAGUAUCGCUGCAUAUCCACCCUCACGACAUGCACUAAGGCUCGUCAUUGUUGUCUCCUACGACGAGGAGCCAAUCGACCAGGAUCCAGAAUCCCAAGUUAAUCCUUUCUCGGGCCUAGCUGCCGUCCGCGCGGAGCCAUAUCUUGUUCGGCCAUACCUUGACGAAGCUCAAAUGACCGCCGGAGGGUUGCCUCGUCGCCAUCUAAUCAGCCUAGUCAUGGUCGGUGGCGGAGAAGAAACAUACGAACUACUCCGCCAGGCCACCGACGUCGGCAUCAAGCGACGGUACACUGUGCGAUCGCAGGGCAUACCAGUUAAUAACCUAUAUAUCAUCUAGAUAGACACAUAGUUUUGUAUAGCUACUGGAACACCAGAAUCUCCAUACCAUACGGUGAGAAAAAUGUAAGGCAUGAGUACAUUCUUGUACUCUUCACCAGGCACAAAAUUGGGGCUGGCAAUGGUAAGUCGCCACUCUUUGCGCCACAGCAUGUUGAUUGGUGCAGUCCCUGAG